AUGGCCACUGGCGUGGAACUCAUAUUCUCUACAAUAUGUAACGCAAGCCUUUGUGAAAGUAAUUACGACAACCCACUAAUAGACUCAGGACUGACGAACCAGCAAAAUGAGAUAUUGACAUUGGGCAAUAGUUUAAACGGAAAACAUUUAAGAAUUGCAACCUAUAACAAUUAUCCGCUUAAUUGGGCGCAAAAAGAAAGUAAUGGAACUAUCACAGGACAUGGUAUUGCAUUUAUCAUUGUGGAAAUUUUACGGAAGAAAUUCAACUUUACGUUUGAAGUCGUCGUGCCGGAGACAAAUUUUGAAUUCGGUUUCGGAAAACCUGAAAGUUCUAUAGUUAGUCUUGUAAACAGUAGUAAAGUAGACAUGGCCGCGGCCUUUUUGCCGAAACUGCUAAGAUUUUAUAAGAUGGUAACGUUCUCCAACGAUUUGGACGAAGGUACGUGGAUGAUGAUGCUGAAGCGCCCGAAGGAGUCCGCCGCCGGAUUGGGUAUAAUGGCGCCAUUUGAUGCAUACGUGUGGUACCUUAUUUUAGCAUCAGUAAUUUUCUACGGCCCCUGUAUAACGUUCCUGACACGUAUGCGCUCUAAGUUAUUGGUGCGUGAUAAGGAAGGACCCAUCGAACUGUCCCCUAGCAUCUGGUUUGUGUACGGGUCCUUCAUAAAGCAAGGAACUAAUUUAGCUCCAGACGCUAACACAACUCGAGUGCUGUUUGCAACUUGGUGGAUUUUCAUAACUCUGCUCUCUGCGUUCUACACGGCAAAUCUGACUGCUUUCCUCACUCUGUCAAAGUUCACAUUGGAUAUAGAAAGUCCAAAAGAUCUAUUAAAGAAGGACUAUAGAUGGGUUUCAACGGCAGGAGGAGCUGUACAAUACACAGUUAAAAACCCUGACGAAGAUCUAUUUUACCUAAACAAAAUGGUCGCAAACGGACGAGCUCAGUUCUAUUCAGUAGAGGUUGAUGAAGAUUACCUUCCCAUCGUGCAACGUGGAGCUGUCUUGGUAAAAGAACAGACCGCAAUUGACCAUUUGAUGUACGGAGAUUACUUACGAAAAACAAGGCAAGGCGUUCCCGAAGCAGGCAGAUGUGUCUACGUUGUCGCACCUCAACCCUUUAUGAAGAUGCAAAGGGCAUUCGCAUAUCCAAGGAAUACAACAUUGAAGAUUAUAUUUGAUGUCGUCAUAACAAACCUGCUAGAAGGGGGUAUUGUGAACUUUCUGGAACACCGAGAUCUGCCUUCCACCAAGAUAUGUCCCCUGGAUCUUCAAUCUAAAGAUCGUCAGCUUCGCAACACCGACUUAAUGAUGACGUACGAAAUCAUGGGUGCUGGUCUUGCUGCCGGAAUUGCUGUAUUUAUUGGAGAGAUCUUCAUUAAGCGUACCACCAGCAUUAACAAGCAAGCUUACUCUGACAACAAGAGAAAGAAGAAAUCAAGGUUUAUUGAACGUAAUAACGAUGACAGUCGACCGCCUCCUUACGACUCUCUUUUUGGUGGGAAAUCGAGAUACAAAAUAUCUGAUCAAUCGCAAAGAAAAAUAAUUAACGGAAGAGAAUAUUGCGUUGUUGAUACUGUAAAUGGCGAAACCAGGCUUAUACCAGUUCGUACACCGUCUGCUUUUCUUUAUCAAUAA